AUGACUGCCUUUGAAGAGUUCGGUGUCCUCUCCGAACUGGGCAAAGCUAUCGACGAAAUGGAUUGGACAUUACCAACUGAUGUUCAGGCUGAAGCUAUUCCUCUUAUUUUGGGUGGAGGAGAUGUGCUAAUGGCUGCCGAGACUGGCAGCGGAAAGACCGGCGCUUUCUGUUUGCCUAUUCUGCAGAUUGUAUGGGAAACACUGAAGGAUAUGCAAGAAGGAAAGACAAAUAGGAUUGUAACGACAACUUCUACAGAAUGGACUAUGUCGUUUUUGGAUCGGACGGACGCAUUAGCCGUCACUCCCGAUGGUCUGAGAUGUCAAUCUCGCGAUCCUAAAGGAUGGCAUGGAUGCAGAGCUACUAAAGGCGUUCACUCAAAAGGCGCAUAUUACUAUGAGGCCACUGUUACUGAUGAAGGUCUUUGUCGUGUUGGAUGGUCCACUCAGGCUGCCCGAUUGGAUCUUGGUACAGACAAACUGGGAUUUGGGUAUGGUGGUACUGGAAAGAAGUCUAAUGCUAAGAACUUUGAUGAUUAUGGCACUCCAUAUCGCAUGAACGAUGUUAUUGGUUGUUUCUUGAAUUUGAACAAUGGUGAGAUCCGAUUCUCAAAAAAUGGUGAAGAUCUGGGAGUCGCUUUUAAACUUGAACAACCUAGGCGUGCUGAUUGUUACUUUCCUGCAGUUGUACUCAAAAAUGCUGAAAUGAGCUUUAACUUUGGGAAGUCACCAUUUAAGUACCCACCAUCAGGUGAAUUUGUAUCACUGUAUGCAGCACCCAAAGACAGUACGAAACUGAAUGUAGUGGCAUGUUCUGCAGCCGCAGAUAUGAAGCCUGUCAGCAAUGCACCACAAGCCAUUAUUAUUGAGCCUUCUAGAGAGUUAGCAGAACAAACUUGCAAUCAAAUCACUAAGUUCAAGAAGUAUUUGGAUAAUCCCCGAGUCCGUGAGCUACUGGUUGUCGGUGGUGUUAAUGUUAAAGAUCAAAUCAAUCAACUCAAUGCUGGUAUUGACAUUGUGGUUGGUACACCAGGACGACUUGAAGAUCUUAUCCAAGGAGGUUACUUAGCUCUCACCCACUGUCGGUUCUUCGUCCUCGACGAAGCUGAUGGUCUUCUCAAAGCCGGCUAUGGAGAACUCAUCGAGCGCCUACAUCGACAGAUACCCAAGAUCACUUCAGACGGCCGACGGUUACAGAUGGUCGUGUGUUCCGCCACUCUACACGCGUUUGAGGUUAAAAAGAUGGCGGAGAAACUGAUGUACUUCCCGACUUGGGUGGAUCUAAAAGGCGAGGAUGCGGUUCCGGAGACUGUGCAUCAUGUCGUAGCCAAUGUUGAUCCACAAAAGGACCGCUCUUGGGAGACUCUGCGCAAGCACGUGCAGACCGACGCUGUCCACUCAAAUGAUAACAUCCGAAGCUGCAACACUACGCCUGAGACUCUAUCUGAGGCUGUCAAGAUCCUCAAGGGUGAAUAUUGCGUUCGCGCUAUUAGAGAACACAAAAUGGAUAGGGCUAUAAUCUUCUGCCGAACAAAACUAGACUGUGACAAUUUAGAACGCUAUCUAAAGUCGUAUGGCAAUGAAUUCUCUUGCGUGUGUUUACACGGCGAUCGUAAACCCGCCGAACGCAAGGGCAACCUGGAGAAGUUCAAGCAGAGCCAGGUCAAAUACCUGAUCUGUACCGACGUAGCUGCUAGAGGAAUUGAUAUCACAGGACUGCCUUUUAUGAUUAACGUAACCCUACCAGACGAGAAAUCAAACUACGUUCAUCGCAUUGGGCGUGUCGGACGUGCUGACCGUAUGGGGCUUGCUAUCAGCCUCGUCUCCAAGGUGCCAGAAAAGGUUUGGUACCACGGCGAGUGGUGUGCGUCACGUGGCCGAAACUGCUGGAACACUAACUUAAUCGAUGACAGACCAAAAGGUUGCUGCAUAUGGUACAACGAACAACAGUAUCUAGCCGAUAUCGAAGAUCACUUGAACGUCACGAUUCAACAAAUUGAAUCUGAUAUGAAGGUGCCGUCCAAUGAGUUCGACGGUAAAGUCGUAUAUGGACAAAAAAGAAAACAAGUAGGAACUGGAUAUCAGGACCAUGUGAGCCAGAUGGCACCAGUGGUGAAAUCUUUGCAAGAACUAGAGUCUCGAGCUCAACUCUACUAUCUCAAGGUGCAUCAUAACGCCACCACUGUUGCUUAG